CUGGAACUAGUUGUUGACAAACAAGAAAUUGUCAGAAACGAGACGAAAUAUUGUCUCCGUUCAUCUAAAUGUAGCAAAACGCUGAUUUUUACACCGCGAUGGAGUUCCACGGCAGUGUUUGGAGAACAUAGACGUCCGUUUCCCGCGGUAUUUUCACUGUGAGAUAAAGCUGAGCAGGUGCAGCGUCCAAGUUACACAGAGGUGUCGGCUGUGGGCAGUCAGCGGGACACAUGGCAGAGGAAGGCAACAAGCUGACACUGAGGCGCCUCGAAGCACCCCUCCACAAGUUCAUUAAGGUGGCUCUACCCACGGACCUGGAGAGGCUGCAGAAACACCACAAUAACAUACUGAAGUACCAACACAGCCAGCAAUGGGACCGCCUUCAUCAGGAGCACAUUAACGCCAGCCGGACCGUUCAGCAACUGAGAGCAAAUAUGAGAGAGAUGGAGAAGCUGUGCGCUCGGGUUCGCCCCGAAGACGCCGCCGCUCUGGAAGCGCUCGUCAAGCCGGUCAGGGACAGAGCGUCCGAAGCUGCACGAGAUUUCCUGCUUUUGCACUCCAACCCUUUGGAGACGCCGCCAUCCUCGCCCGCCACUCGGCCGUCCAGCGGCGGAUCCAGCGAUCCGGGCGAGGAACCGGUGUCUGGCCAGCAAAUUCAGCUCCAGCUACCAGAAAUCCCUCCUGAUCAGAGUGCAGCGGAGUCCUGGGAUAACCUGGAGGAGGAUCUGAAGGCGCUGAGUGGUUUGGUGAUGGAGUUCUCUCUGCUCGUUCAUUCCCAGCAGGAGAAGAUUGACAGCAUAGAGGACAACGUCAACAGAGCCGCUGCCAACGUGGAGGAGGGGACCAGGAGCCUGGGGAAGGCGGUGGGCUACAAGUUGGCGGUGCUGCCGGUUGCCGGGGCGAUCCUGGGCGGUGUGGUAGGAGGUCCUCUCGGCCUGCUGGCUGGGUUUAAAGCUGCAGGGGUGGCCGCGGCUCUCGGGGGGGGCGCGCUCGGGUUCGCAGGCGGCAACCUGGUGCAGAAACACCGCCGAGCUCAAGUGGACCUGCAGAUGAAACAACUGACGGCACCACCACCACCGCCACCGGCAGCAAAUGAACCGGAGCCGAGAAAAGAGAAGUGACCUGGUGAAUAAAUGAGGCUGCUGUGAUGAGCGGCUGAUCACAAGCACAAACUACUCCUCUGGUGGCCCGAGCCUUUUAAAGAGACUCCACGUUAAACUGCAACACCAAGUGUUAAAGCGUUGACGUGAAACUGAUCUGUUAACAGCAGCCUUAUUUCUGGAGUCUUGCCGUGACAUUAACGUGCGUUUACAGGCAGAGAACUUCGUAUUUACACUACAGCUUUCUGUGUGUAGAGAGCGUGACGUCACUGUGAGCUCAAGCCUUUUCUAAAAAGAAACUAAUAACUCGUCCUGCUCGUUGCUGGUUACUAACAAGAGCGCCCUUCUGUUCCUUAGAAAUAACACCCAAAAGGAUAUUCUGCUGCUUUAUAGAUUUGUGGAUAUUUCAGAUGUGAUUGACAAUUAAUGUAACAGUAUCGGUGAUUAUUAGUGAACGCUCUGAAAUGCAGGGUUAUAGUCAGAAAAUAGGAGAACUUGAUGUUUUGGUCUUGUAUGACAACAUGGACAGUUCCCGUAGAUGAGAUGUAUUUUUAAUUUCAAUCUCUAUGCCAACAUUGGUUUUUUUUUUUUUUUGGGGGGGGGGGGGGUUAAUGUCAGGUUUAACAGUGUUUUCUGUUUCUUCAUGGAGAAAAUCCUGUGACUCACUGUAACAGUUACAUGCUCAUUGAAUUAUACUGUAUCCAAAUUGCACUAAAAGAGCCAAAGUGCCAUAGUCCACAAGUGACUUGACUGUGUAAACCUGCUCUGUAUUUAUCACACAGCUCCUGCCAAAUAAAAUGUUUUUCAUUGUC